GCGCAGAAAGAUGCGCCGUACGCAGUGCAGUGCAGGCGAGGGUUAAGUUAGCGACAUCUUGUGGAACUGUGGAACAAUUUUAGCUUGUGAAAUCUGUGUUAUCUAUUCUUAAACAUCCGAUGUUUAUGGUGUAGUAUAAUAAACAGAAGUACCGAAAAUGUCUUCAAAUAAUCAGAAACUGUCCACCACGGACCGGGUCAUCAAAAGCGUGCCGUUCCCGCCGAGCCGCAAGCUGACGACGGCCGAGGUGUUCGACGCGCGCUCCAGCAAGCCGCGGCCCGACGUGCUCAAGCAGCACUUCAUCCUGGAGGGCCGCAUCGACGAGGCGGCGGCGCUGCGCAUCAUCAACGACGGCGCCACCAUCCUGCGCUCCGAGAAGACCAUGAUCGACAUCGAGGCGCCCGUCACAGUGUGCGGGGACAUCCACGGCCAGUUCUACGACCUGAUGAAGUUAUUCGAAGUUGGCGGCCCGCCUGCGACCACCAAGUACCUUUUUCUAGGCGACUACGUAGACCGAGGUUAUUUUAGUAUAGAGUGUGUACUGUACCUGUGGGCGCUGAAACUGUGCCACCCAACCACGCUAUUCCUAUUACGAGGUAACCACGAGUGUAGGCAUCUUACGGAAUACUUCACAUUUAAACAAGAAUGUAAAAUAAAAUACUCGGAGCGAGUGUACGACGCGUGCAUGGAGGCGUUCGACUGCCUGCCGCUGGCCGCGCUCAUGAACCAGCAGUUCCUGUGCGUGCACGGCGGCCUGUCCCCCGAGAUACACAACCUGGACGACAUCAGGAGGUUGGACAGAUUCAAGGAACCUCCGGCGUUUGGGCCCAUGUGUGAUUUGUUGUGGUCUGACCCUUUAGAAGACUUCGGCAAUGAGAAAAAUGCGGAGCAUUUUAGUCACAACAGUGUGAGAGGCUGCUCAUAUUUUUACAGCUAUGCAGCUUGUUGUGACUUCCUUCAAAACAACAAUCUGCUGUCCAUCAUUCGGGCACACGAGGCUCAAGACGCUGGGUACCGAAUGUACAGGAAAAGUCAAACAACAGGUUUUCCAUCCCUGAUAACUAUCUUCUCAGCACCCAACUACCUGGACGUUUAUAAUAAUAAGGCUGCAGUUCUGAAGUACGAGAACAAUGUGAUGAACAUCCGGCAGUUCAAUUGUUCCCCUCACCCGUACUGGCUGCCUAACUUCAUGGACGUGUUCACGUGGUCUCUUCCAUUUGUGGGAGAAAAGGUAACGGAAAUGUUGGUGAACGUAUUGAACAUCUGCUCAGACGAUGAACUGAUGUCAGAUGGCGAUGAAGGACUAGAAGAAGGAAAACUUUUUAUACAAAAAAAUGCAGCCAACUUGCGGAAAGAGGUUAUUCGAAACAAGAUACGAGCAAUCGGCAAGAUGGCUAGAGUGUUCUCAGUCUUGAGGGAGGAGAGCGAGAGCGUGCUGCAGCUGAAAGGUCUCACACCGACCGGGUCGCUACCUCUGGGUGCGCUGUCAGGAGGAAAGACAUCUCUCAAGAACGCACUGCAAGGCUUCUCCCCCAACCACAAGAUCACGUCGUUUGCCGAGGCGAAGGGACUGGAUGCCAUCAACGAGCGGAUGCCCCCGAGGAAGGACGCCCCACCGACCCCGGCUGGCGAUGACAAGAAGCCGGUGACCCCGCAGGGCAACAACCAGACCAACAACAACUCCAACUCCAACUCCAACUCCAAUUCCCACUCCAACACCAAUGCCCACUCGUGAGCCGGCGGCACUGCAAUGCUCCAAGUCAGGUGGCAGGCGGCGAGGUCGGGUCGGGAAGGGCCGCCCCCGAGCCACGCGCUCUGCUCACAGCCGUCGCCGCGCACGAUCGCAGCAGUGCUCUGGUUGCAGCAGGCUCUGCAACCCGGCCGUGGGAACGCGGUUCCUCCCCCCACCCCUCACCCUACCGACUCCAGUACGGUACCCCUGUACCACCAGGACGGUUUGCGCGCUGUGACAUACAGAUCUGUUCAAUAUUGUUUGUAUAUAAUUUUUUUUUUUUUUCGAGAAGUUAAGAUGCUAGGGUAUUAUGAAACUGUAAAGCAUACAUACGUGUAAUGGAAAGCUAGGUUUAUUUUAUUGUGUUUUUGUUAAUUUGUUUGUUAGAAGUUAUGUAUGUAAGGCAUGAAAAAAACCUGAAAUGUUGCUGGUUAUAAUGCAACACACAUCACAAUAUGCUUACACCCUUCGAGGGACUGAGAUACCUUGUACAUCUUCGACUGUGGAAAUUUUCAUGUCCUUGCGGUUGUCAGUACUGAUGAAAGCUGUAUAUAUUUAAAUUCUAUAUUGUUUAAGUGUAAGGCAUAAAAAGUGCACACAGUUUGUUAACUUUUCAAUAUCAAACAGUCAAUGACAAUAGCAUGUCAAGAUAUUUCUUAGCAUAGAAGUGACCACGGGUCCAGUUAAAUGCACAGUUGUGUUCGUGUGAUUGGAUCAUUCUCUUCAUUAUCAAUGUUGUUUAAGUGAAGUUUAGAUAACCGUAUCAUGAGAAGACAUUGAUGUUCACUUCGACUUGACUUAGUUGGUUUAGAAUGUUUUCAAAAAUGUUGUCAGGUUUAUAAGCUUUAUUAAUGUUUUGGUAACCUAAGUCUUAGUUCCGUAAUAAUAAAUUUAUUAUAGAUAAUAAAUGGCUACAUUAUUAUUAAUAAUUGUUUAUAAUUUAUAUAAAAAUAUCCACUCAGUGUUUUGUUUUAAUUUAUUUUGAUACACUUAUAUAUUUUUUUGACCUGUCUGUACUGAAUGUGCAUUAUAAUAAUUUGCAGUACUAAAGAUGUAAGUCAACAUUUCACAUCUUUCGUUACGUUCUGAUGGUGCCGAGGGCUUAUGUCAAUUUACCCCGUUAAUACCAGCUUGAUGUAUUAUCAAUCUAUUGCUUUGUUCCAACCUGUAUUAUAGAUCAGGGGUCGGCAACCUCUAAAUGUAGGUGAUCUACUGUUGUCGCCACUUGUUGAAAUGAUCUACUGUUCUGUUUUUUCGAUUAUGCAUAAACAAGUUUACUUUCACCCAUUUACAAAAUAGUCUCUAUUUGGUUUUUUCCUGGUAGUUUUAAAAUACCCUACUUUUUAUGGUUACAGUACAUAGAGAAAUAAUUAUAGAAAUAACUGAAUUAAAGGAGGUCUGUUAGUUAUAGACGAAACACUAAAAAUCACAAUAACAUUGAAAAAUAUCUCCACCUAGUGGGAAACUUGGCAGGAACUUUCCUUAACAAUAGCUUUUAUGUUUGGAUAAUAGCUGGUUACACUGAGACGAAUGCAUGAUUCCAAAUGUUCAUCAGUUAUCCUACUCCUGUACUUAUUUUUGAUGAAGUUCAUAUUGGAAAAUGAAGACUCGCAUAGGUACGUUGAAGCAAACAAGGCUCUCACUCGAAGUGCAACAUCAGUGAGCAUUGAAUACUUCUCUUGAGGAAUGACUUGCCAACAGGUCUAUGGUUCUGCAACACUUUUCACACGCAAGUUAUUUUUCAAUGUAAUAAUUUUGAGCUCUGUAGCUGUUCUAUCAAUGUUGAACGUCGUCUCCAUUGAAGAAGUACAAUCCUCAAGAUUCAGGUUUGCCCAUGGAAAAGAGACAAACUGGGAUAUCAGAGAAAUCUUUUUGAAUUCUGAAAAUCUAGAGUCAAAAUAUUUUUCGAACGAGACAAAAGCUUCUAAACCAUUUCCCUAUCUUUCCCUUGAAGUUUAAUGUUCAAAUCAUUGAGUUUUUCUGUGAGAUCAACUAAGAAAGCUAAAUUAUGAAGCCACCUUGCAUCCUCAAGAAGAUUUGCCAUAGAGUGUUCCUGUUCUUUCAAAAAUGCUGUAAUGGCAGGUAGCAGUUAAAUGAAUCGUUGAAGAACUUUGCCCGUACUCAGUCAACGCACAUCAGUGGUAAUGCCCACAAGCUUGUGAAUUGGAAUUUUGUCAGAUAUAAGAAACUGCUUCACUGCAAAAAAAUAUCUUCACCUCUAGUAUGGCCUUUCAAAUGAAUCAGUUUCAAAAAUUCUUCUUUGACUGAAAAGUUGUUGAAUACAAGUCGGGCAAAUAUUGGCAACUGAGCAAUGCCAGUUGCAUCAUUUGACUCAUCCAGCUGGAGAGAGAAGUAGCAGCAUGCAUCCAAAUCUUUAUUUAUUUGAGAUAUGACAUCAGUUACCAUAUUUUCAACUCUUCUUGUGACAGUUCUAGCUGAAAGUUGCAGGGACUGAAGAGCUGCCAUUAUUUCAGAUUUGUUUUUAAAAUUUUCAAACAGAUCAUCACUGGCUUCAAGAAAUGCUUCUUUAAUUAACUCCCCGUCUUCAAAUGGCUUCUUAUGUUUUGCCAACACCUAAGAAAUGCGAUAAGAAGCACUUGUGGCUGCUGUGCCCUUAUCUGUCACUUUCGUAAACAUGUGUUGUAAUGACAACAUAUUUUUCAGUUUCUUAAUUUUCUCUCGCCUCAGUUCUGAGUUCGGGAGAAACUCUUUAUUUAUGUUUGAAUGUACUGUUUCAAAAUGUCUUUGUACAUUACUCUUUUUCACGAAUGCAAUAUUUACUUUGCACUGUAAACAAAUGAAUUUGCAGUUUGUUUUGGUGACAAAAAAGUCAUGCUCUCGUUCUGCAUGGAAGUUGUAAGUCUUUUGUUUCUUUGGUGCACUCAUCACAACUGAUUAACUUAUCACGCCACAGUCAAUAAUUAAGAAAUGCGGGCUUAAAACAAAUGUAAUAGUAAACGUUGUUGCACGGACUACAAUCGUCACGUGAAUAUCAAAAAACAAUAUUUACACGCAGUUGUGUCCUGUUUAGAGUAUUUAGUGUUAUAAAUCAACGGCUGUGAACACAAUCAGGGAUAAGAGAUGUCAUCACAAGACGACUCUGGUUUUACAAAAAACAAUCUAGUUUAUUUUCUAACAUCGGUUCGUCAUACACGUAUGCAUAAACUGUUGCUGUGUAUUUUUAAAUGGCAUUCGUUAAAUAAACAUCAUGAUUAAAGCCAUUAUUUUCGUUACAUAAUUGAUGGUUUUGAGGUUAUUAACUGUUAUAAAAAAGGACUACUUGUAAACUACGUUUUUAUUCUGGCAGGAUUGCCAACAUAUAUGUACCCACAAAAAUUCUCUAAGUACGUUGCAUGAAAAUAUCUAAUUCGGCAAAUGAGUUUAUUAUAACUUCCUAAAUGCAAUAUGUAUUUCUUAUUUAGCUUUCAAUACAUUUUCUGCUACUAUAAUUUCCUUUCUGUUAGCGUGUAGAAAAUGAGGCCUUACUUGAGGCACUCGAAUUACGAGCCAAAGUACGCAGUCGCCAAAAAACUAUAAAACCAGCAAAAACUACGUUCCCUAAGCAGGACAGGAUGACGUUAGAAAUAAAAUAAUGUAUCACUGCCUUGCUCAUAUUUAAUCUUUCCGAAUUCGCAACAUGGCAUAGGCUGGGUACUGAUACAACAUACAAGUUUAUAUUAAUUGCAGGUCGCGACUUUUCUUUAAAACAAAAUGCAAAUAUAAUAAUAAUAAUAAUAAUAAUAAUAAUAAUAAUAAUAAUAAUAAUAAUGAUAGUGAUACAACAUAUUGUUAAAUUACCAAUCAUUUAACAAAUAAUGAUUUUACAAGUGAUUAAAACCAUAUUAACAAAAGCUAUAUUGAAUAACUAUACUCGUCAUACUACCAUACUAGAGUUACUCAGUCCGCUAUCUAUUUUAUUAAUUUUUCUUUUUCUUUAUCUCCUCGUAAACGCUGUGAAACGUCACCGUGGACCACGCAUUAAUUAACUGUCUUUCAUUUGCUUCGCACGUCCCCUUUCAAUAGAACUAAGGUUGUCAAAUUGGGUCUGAAUUGGCGUUGCAGUAGUCAGUGCCCGCCCCCCUUGUCAUCUUCGUUCAGAAUAUAGGAACCACGCCGUAAAAAAGUUUAAAAUUCGCUUCGAUUCAAACCAAAGUUACGUGAACAUUUAGUCCGUACUUCUUUACACCAAUACAAGUUACGUAAAGUUUUAGUUCGUGGAGUUAACUAUUUAUAGUAAUUUGGAGAAUCUGUCUAAAAACAUCGCGGACGCAGCCACUUUUGUCACUCAGUUAGUUCCACAAAAACUCAACCCGGUGCUCAGUUGAUAUUGAAUGGUGCGUCGAGACUUACUUUUAGAAUGCAAUUUCGCCAAGGGCCGCCCGGGCUGGCCUCUCCUCGUGGCGUUGGCGAUUGCGACCCCGCCUCUCCAUAGCUGAGAUCCAGCCAAACAUUCUUCCUUCAGCAAGUAGGUGUGCGCGCCGCCAGCCGCUCGCUUCGUAAUGAACCCGCCGGCCGCAGUCGCUGGCUUGAGCAAGCCUCUCGUGACGUCAGGCCGACCAGCGCGCCGUGCGGUGACCACGCGCUAGUGUUCGUUCCGUUGAGGCACAUUACAGGGCGUUUGAAGCAAGACAAAAAAAAAAGGUGUAUCCAUAAUUAAGCAUCAGAGCAAACAAAAUUAACAAACCAGGUAAAGGAAAUAUCAUAAUAUAAAUCUAAGUAAGCAAAGGUAAAUGCUAACAGAGGUGUGUCAAAACGCCUCAAAAACAUCAAAAUGUCGCCCCACAUCCAUGACAUUUGCUAUCAGAUGAGAUCAAGAUGGCUACACUGCUGAACUGAGUAUCGUGUUUGUUUAUAUUUUCGUUACAUAACAAAUACCGUUAUGCAAAAUAACACAUUUUUUUUUAUUGUAAUGGUGGCAACAGCUUUAUCCCUACUUAAAAAGUAUUUGUAAAUGAUCUGUAUCAUUCGCGAAGUGUUUUUUUAAAAUUGUUCCUCAAUCAGCUAACGAAGAAUUGUUAUAUUCUUGAUGUUUAAAUUUCAUUUAAGACUUUUAGUGUUUUGUAGUGGGUGGAAAAAUUCGUGAAUUUUCAAUAACGCUCGUGAUCUACUAAAUAUUUUCUCGUGAUCUACCAGUAGAUCGCGAUCAACACAUUGCCGACCCCUGUUAUAGAUGGACAUGAGUCCAUUAUACCAAAUGAAGCUGACGUUUUCUUUGUCAGUACCAUCCUAGCAACUUAAAAUGUCAAUAUUUUGACUAAACCAAUGUGCAUGCAGCAAAGAAUAUGUUGUAGGAAUUAUUUUUAAAUAAUAAUUUAUUCAGCUUAGUAAAUUUUCUUGCCAUAGGUGUCACCAUGUUUUUACAUAGUUUACAAACUGUGUCACUUUGAAUCUCGUAAAUCUUGUAAUGGUGUGCUAAUUAAUGGUUGCUGUUCAGUGCUGCAAGGACAGUUGUAAGAAGUUUAGUGAUGUAUUUCAUCUCAAUCCCCCGUGGGUUCGCAGUAUUUUUUUGUGAAACAUGUGUUGGUAUUUGUGUGUGUAGCAGUUAUUUAUUUGCUCACUAAAGACAGUUCAGUUUAGUACCAAUCUCUUGUUUUGUUGUACAGUGUAAAAUAUUAUAAACUUCGUUUUUAUUUGGAAAGUAUAUAUUUUUAUAAUCAAUUAUUUAGUUUUUGUAACCUGCUGUAAGAUUAAUUAGCAUCAGUUUGCACAGUUAGGAAAUGUAUUUUUGAAAAUAAAUAUUGUGUGCCAUAUAGACAACUUGGUGAAACAAUCUUGCAAUCAAGGUCUUUGACUGGUGAGGCUUAUCUAAAUCAUUUUUCUGUGAAAUUUAGCAGGCAUAUUUCUAUGUUUUUUUUAUACUGGUAAUGACAAGUCUGACAUUGGGAGAUACUAAAAUAAAAAGUAGGUUUCAAAAUGACUUCCAUCCACAAACGUAUAAUAUUUACAUUUACAUAAUUUCACAUAUAAAAAGGAAAAAAUAAAUCAAUCUAAAAUUCAUUUUAUUUACUGUACACAAUAACUAGCCUUGUUUGAAAUUUGUAUGUAUUUUAUUUUUAAGGUCUAAAUUCUAGUUUUAGUAUAUUACUAACAUUUUACUAAAAUUACAUUAUUACUUUCAUGUUUCUAAGAUUUUCUUAUUCUGGCAGUUAGACCCAAAGUUCGUCAAAUCUUUUAAUUUUAAUAAUAGUUUGAGCUAAUUUGCAAGUUUCAGGAUAAAAGAAUUGAACCAUCAAAGAAGUAAGUUUCAUUUAGUGUGUUAAUAAUGUACUAGUAGAGAUACACAUAAUCAUGAAAUAGAAUUCACUAAUUCCAGGAUACUUGAAAAGUGUUUAUAAAAUAACAUUUUAUGUUCCUUGCAAAAUUACCAUUUUGUUUUGACUAGAUUUCAUUUACUGUGGAAAUAUAAAUAUGCACUUUUUGGUCAGUAAUUUCGAAUUUGAUGAAUUGACCAGUGCAAUUCUUCAUAAACUGAGCUCAGGAAAUCAAAUGUCUAGCGAUUUAACAAAGUUUUUAUUGGAACAAUGUAUUUAUAAAAAAUGUUAAAUAAUUCUUUCCGGCCCCAUUAGUGAGCAUUACUUAAUUUUCUUACUACAAAUUUAUUUCUCAAAAUAUUGAUUGCCUUUCAUCGUAAUAAUUUUUUUCUCUCUUCAAAAUUCAUGCUUGCAGGCUUACCUGUAAGUCUAUGGAUGUUUCAAAUCAGUCCUGUUGUUCAGAACUAUAACAGAAUGUUAUUAGUGAUUGACUCUUAACACACAUGUAUAUAUCUAUUGUAUUUGCAUUUGUAAUCUUAACUGAGUUUUGUCUGCAUCUUUCAUUGCUGGAGCUGUCAAAGGACCUGCUAGACAUUUACCUUGGUUGCAUCCUUUGAGCGGAUACUGCCUUCUGUAGAAAGAAAGUAGUUGUUGAACGUAAAGCAGUGAAGUGGAAAAACAAUUAUCAUUAAAUAAUUUGAAUGUUUCAACUUGCAGGACAGAUGUAGAGUCUGCAUUUCCCUAUUUGUAUAAGGAAAAAAAAAGGAAACUUUUAACUCAUUUUACAAACCAGGAAGUUUGGUGUUUCAGUCCCCAACACUUUUAUGGUAGAGAUUUUUCAGAAUUUUGUAACUUGAAACUUAAUAAUUGUUAUCACGAAUCUGUUGGUGUGUAUGUAUGUGCAUAACUACACGAGGGCAGACAGAUGUAGGAGACACUUCUCACCUUUCUUUAGAGAAGAAACAAUUUUCUACUGUUCCAUAGUUCAUCUCUUAUUGUGGUGAGUGUGUUAACUAGAUUAUUUCUUCCUCAGUAUUUAAGUUAACUUUCUUGCAUGUUUGCUGAAGAACAUUAUUUAUAAAAUCGGUAAUAAGUCUUGGUAAAGAAAAUAGGGCUUGAGUUACUCAAAACAUAAAAUUUUGAGGAAAAUUUUUUUUUUUCAAACUUCACCUCAUAAUGUCCACACCCCAUUUUUUUUGGUCAAAAAUGUAGCCAAAUUACUGCGGACAUUAUGCGAGUAAAUACGGUAUGCGAGUGUGUGUGCGUGUGUGCAUGCAUAUGUGCUUGUGGUGUGUGUGUGAUAGAUUGCGAUGAAAGCAUGAUACUGAAAUAAUACGCAAAGCAACACAAAAAUGCAAGUUUAUUCACCAUUUAGCACCAAAGUGAAGCUAUAAUCAUGAAGUUAAUCGGAAAUUUUGACUAAAAUUUACUAAAAUUACAACAACAUAACAGUUAUUAUAGUAAAUUAAUGAAUGAAAUUUAUUUAGCAUAGAGUUUGUAGCAAAAUAUAUGAACUCAUUGGAUAGAAAAACAAAUUUUAACUUUUUUUUUAUCUUGUAUUUCAUAUUAGAAAUGUUUUUAUACUAACAAAAAUUUGCUGAAUCAUUUUUAUUUGUAGUUUUGUCAUAAAAAUACUUAUUGCAAAUGAUUUUGUUGUAAAAUUGCAGCAUUUAUCAGUCUAAAUGAGAACUAUGUUGGUGAAAUAAAUAUUGGGAAAUAUUUUAGUUUCAUAUUUGUUUGAUAAUAAAAUAACACCAUCUUUGUGAAAACAACUAUGUAAAAAAAAUAACAACACAUAAAUCUCAUGUUUUAAAAACAAAACUGAUGUAAAAGUAAAAGCAUAAAAUAUUUUCUCUAGCCAUAAUAUGGGCUGGAAAUGGAGUUCUUGGUGGUUUCGGAUGGUUUAAAUUAGUGCCAAGUUGUAAAGCCCAAUGUAUUUUGUCUGGUGUGCAAAUCGUGUUGUUAUAUUGUGUAAGGUAUUGUUUUCAUUUACAUGUUUCUGUAAAACACCAACAUGCUUCUCUGUUUUAUCAAAGUUUUGGGCGUAUAGAGUGUAAAUUAACGUGUGGAAUGCUGGAAUGUAAUGCCAUAAAAUAACGGUAUUGAAUGGUGCUGUGAUUUCAUUGCUGUCUGCUGGUAGUCAUUUCAAGGCAAAGAUGUGAAGGCUUUCACAGUUUGUAGACACAACAUGCAUUCCACCCCACCCUCACUCCCUAUUUUUGGAAGUUCCUAACACAGCACUCAGCAUUGUGUUGGUGUGUGCUGUAAUAUUAGUACAUUAUGUACUUGCUGGAUGAUAAUUUACAACCACUUCUCAGUAAUUAUCUAAUUAAGUAUUUUAUUUAAUGGUAUAGUGGUAUAGUAGUACCUACUUUUUUUUCCCCAUGGAAUUAUAUUUGAAUUGUUGAGUGUGUGCGUGCGUGUGUGUGUGGUACAUUUUUUGAUUGUGGCACACAUUUUUGUGGUUACUUAGUUUUUCAGUUUUCAGACCCAUUUGUAUCAGUUACCUUAUUUCCAAAAUAGUGUUACUUUGAAUAAAGGUUUCUGAAGAUACUUAAAUUGCCUUUACCAGUACGUUUGUGGCAUGUGUCAAGAUUCUUUCCACGUUUGAAAUUUAUGGGGUGGUUAUUUUAAACCAAUUUGAAGAAACAUUGAUAAAUCAUCUUGAGCUGAUUAGCUAAGAAAGUGUUGGAUACUGUAGUAGGUAAUAAUUUCAGAUGUGAAUGUACACAUUUUACACUUUUUUAAGCUGUAAACUUAUUAUAAUAACAGUUAUGUUUUUACAUGUUUAUAUAUUGUUAAUAUUUAUACUGCCAAAUGUUCAUUCAAUCCUUAUGCAAUUUCUUGUAACUUAAUAGUAUAAUUUAUAUAGAUAAGUAAAGGAUGAAUUAAUUUAUGAAUUCAGAAUGUAAGGAGUUUUACACUGAUGAUAAGUCCUGUAAUACAAUUUUUUAGUACUUUAAUUUUUGCCCUUAAAAUGUUUGCUCUCUUAGUAAUGUACAUACAUACAUUCAUUCAUACAUAUAUACACAUUCAUAUAGGUAUGAAGUUUGCACUAUGGGUAAUAAUUUAAUAGUAAAUUGUUCUGCAGCAUUGUAUUACAUUUUGUUGUGUUUUCUGAAAUCUAGUCACUGAUGAAAUAAAAAAAAUUUGCAACUGUGUACUAUGCUUUCAUUUGAUCAUGAAAUGUUAUAAAAUAUAUGUAUGGUAGUACUGAGGUAUGUUCUGUGUUAUCUCAAUGCAAGUAUAAGAGCCAAUUUUAUGCUUUUCUUUACGUUAACAUGUUUGGGUAUUUGUGGUGUGUGUGCUAGGUAAUGAAAGGAAAAGCAUGUUUGACUGGCCACAAAAGACAUCAAAUAGAAUUGUUUACUUAGAGUAAUAUUCACUAUAUUAUGUUGGACUGUUUAUCAAGAGACUGCAUUUUCAUUGCCUUUGGGACUGAGUUAUGAUGUUUAAGAAGAAUGAAAAGUUAUUCAACGUUGGAAAUGAUGGUAUAAAAUAAAUUUUAAAGUUCAUUAUAUGCCAUAUAAAUACUUUUUAAGCAUAAGAAUCUCUGUAGAUAAUUUGUUUUGUGUGUGUUUCUUACUAUCGUAAAAAAUGUGGAAAACUAUGUCAAGCAAGGGACAGAUGGCAAAUGAUAUUCCUCAUUGCUAUACAAAAAAUAUAAAAUUGUACUUAUUCAGUUAUUUCUGUGUACAAACAUUUUGUAUAGUAAUAUUUAUGAUGAACAGAGCGGUCAAGCUCUUUUCAUUCUAUUUUCACUCUAAACAAUUUAUUGUGUGUAGGAAUCAUAUUAUUAUAUAUAAUAAAUACGUAUGAAGUCCCUCGGUAGUGCGUGUGUAUUUGCGUGAUGGUAAUAGUGAGAGAAUGGAUUCUUCCUAUUUCUACUGUCUCCAAAAUGCUGAGUCCGAAUGGCUGUUUCUGUAUUCAAAAGUGUUGUGUUUGCUACACUUUGUUCAGAAUGUAUUUUCUUAAAAAAAAAAAAUGCUGAAGUGUUUGAUGUGAGCAAAGAAUUUAUGUUUUUUAUAUCUUGCAGCAAAGUGUUUUUGUACAGAUGCAUACCUACUUGUGUGUUUGUAUAUAUUAUCCAUUACUCAUUAUUUUAUUGGUAUGUUCAGAGUUCACAGGGGCUUCACAAACUGCUGUGUUCCCUGCCAAGAACCUAAUGAACACUCAUACUGGCUAGUUCAGGGGUUUCUGUGGGCUAUGCAUCAGUUUGGUGAUCGCUGUAUUUGGCACAAGGACCAAGGCCGCGGGCUUGCGAUCACGACUGAAGGCAUGUUAGAACGAAUGACUAGUGCUAGAUUUCACUAUUUAACAGCGCGUGAAAAUCAGCUUUGUGGACUGAUUAUUUUGUUGCAGUAUAACUUUCGCCCGUAAUGCGAGCGUAUCUAUCGUGCAUUUCGUCACUACAGUUUGCAGUCUCUCCCCAUCUCCAGCAUGUUAGCAGCAUUCUGAGAAGUGGGAAGUUUUCCCUGCAGUGUUCUGUUUUUAGCCAGAUGAUCAUCUUGCUCAACCUUCCUGUGGGUUUAUUGCAGUUGUGUGUUAGAAGCUGCCCCGAUGUGGUCCGUAUCUCCAUUUGCGGUUACUCAUCUGCCGACUGGCUCUAGGUAUUUCUUUCUGUACCGAGGGACUUUUCAUUUGUACAGUGAUGACAGUAUAUAAUUGUUGUUAUUUGCAGUAUAACUUUUUUCAUUGACUUGCAAGUUUGUAAAUAUGAACAUCUUUGAAUGUUCUUACGUAAGUUUUUAUUGGUUCUGAGCAUGUAGUCUAAUCAUUAUGUUUUGGGUUGGAGAUAAUGUUUGUUUACAGAUUCAUAAAAACAAAGCUUUUUUUUAGUCUCCUAAAUGAAUAGCAUCUUUUUGUAAUGUCUGGAUGAUUUUAUCGUAAGAAUUUUUUUUAUAAGAAAUCAAAAUAUUGUAUUUAUAAAUGAAUUAUCAAAAUUAUUAUUUUAUUUUGAAUAUUUGCUGUUUUGUUGUACAUCAUAUUUACAAAUUUUAUUUCUGUUUUCUCCCCAUUUGUUAUAUUUUAUAAGUGGUCCCUGUUUGGUGCUUUGAUAAAAUGUUUGCUGAAUAGUUGUAUGUAUUUAUCCUCAAAUGCUACUAAACAAGAAAUUUUCUUGAGUGAAAAUAACACCAUAUAUGUACAUGCUAGGGAUUUAAAGAAAGAUGUUAUGAAAUGUAUUGCGUUGAAAACAAGUUUUGGUUAUUUCUUAUGGAAAGAUCUUGUGAAUCAGAUCUGAAAGUCCCAAUUUAAAUUUUAAAAAGUAAUUGAUAAGUAGGGGUGUGCGAAGACAAUUUUUUUCAAUUUGAAUCAGAAGAUUCUUCGCCGAAGAUGAAGUUGAAGAUGAAGAUCAGUUAAAUAUUUUUUUCCAAUUAUUAUUUUAGUUAAUGGUUAGAUGUCAGGCACAUUCUCAGCAAUGUCAAUUUUCUGCAGGAAGCAGCAUAUUGCACACUAAAUAAUAACAAUAUAUGAAACAUUUAGCACAUUAACUAAUUGCCACUACUUGUAAAAAAUUGCUAAAUAUAAAAUAAUUAUAUAAUAGCAAAAUUAACUUAAGUAGCAACAUUUAAAACUUUAACCUAUUACAAUUAUUGCUUAUGGAUAAACUUCUUUCUUAAAAUCUUUGCAUCCCAACCGAAGCUCCAAAUAAAAUGAAAAGCAAAUAUUCCGCCAAAGUCAAAUCUGAUUUUAAAAAGAUCUUUGAUUGAUUUGCUUAGUCAAAGCUUUGUACAGGCCUAUUUAUUUUGUUAAAUUUUAUGGAAAAAUUUUCGGGUGGGAAAUAAUUAUUUCCUGCAGGAAUCUGUAAAGGAUCAGCAAAACAUUUAAUGGAAUGUAGAUUUAGAGUGCUAACUAAUUCUGUAUAACCAAGAUGUUUCCUGAAAUGUCCGUAAAAUUUAAAGCUUUUGGGUGGUUAGGAGGUUCUCAACUAGAGUCUUCAAAGUGUCUAAGUUCAGUCUGUUUAAGUAAAAAACAAAAUUUUUUGAAACAUAGAAAGUUCUAAGUUUUGAUAUGAAUGUAAACAAGUAAGGCUCAUUUUGCAAGAAAACUUUGGAGGCAGAUACAGACUUGAAUAUGUUAAUGUAAAUAAGGAAAUAACAGCUGUAAAGAUAAGUAGUUGGUUGCAAUUCAUUUUCAUCUGUUUCUUCAGCAAGGUAAAGGAUUUUAAGAGGGUUAAAUAGAAUGUACACUGAGAAGCCUUUAGCUGAAGUUUAAGAUGAUUUAGCUCUAAUAAUUACAAUUUUUUUAAAUUUGUUUUUAUUUUGUAAAAAUUAAUUCUUUUUAAGAUUAUUUUUGAUAUAACAUGGAUUUAUUUAUUUUUUGGUUUCAAUUGAAGUGCAGGAAAACAGUAGAAACUUUAACAUACUUCCUCUUCUGUCCAGUGUAUGGAUGCUUGGGUAAAAGGAGCGAAUGUUUUCUUGCAGCCUUUCCCAGAGCUGUAAAAAUAAACUUUGGCGGUGGUAGUUAUUCGCCAGGGGAGUGAGGGAAAGAGUAUCUGCUCGCCUCACUGAAAAUCGUGCUAACAGUUAUAGGUAAAUAAUUUUUAACAGCGUGACUGGUUCUCUUAGCAGUAAAAAGCAGCUAGUCAGUCACCGUGGAUAUUAUUUGUGGCUUCAAACGGCGGCAUUAAAUAUAGUCUUUUAAUACAGUCUGCUCCAAGAAAAAGAAUCUUGGGAAUCUUCAAAUGGUUUGAAUGUUCCUGAAGAAUUAAGACAAAGAAAAUUUAUCUUCAAUUGGACUUUGACUUCCUGAAGCUUCACACACCCCUAUUAAUAAUAGCUGAUGUCAUUAAAAUUGUUGCUUAUUUCCAUCUGAAGUUAAUGAUUAUCUGAAAAGUAAUGUUAUGAAAUUACAAUAACCUCGCUAAAAAUGUUUUUAUCAGCAUUAUUUUUUCUUACGUUCUUGGUGUGAUCAGAAACAAUUCUUUAUCAGCUCCUUUUAGGUGUGUGUGUGAUAUAUUAAUUGUAACUGUACAGUAUUUGCCCAUGAUUAGAAAUGUUUGUCCCCUUCAGUAAUUAAUUUUGUUUUGCAAAAGAAAUGUUAUUACUAUGCCAGUCUUGUUGAUUACCAUAUAUACAUACACAUUGUUAUUACUAUAUAAAUAUUAAUAUUACAAGAACCCCCGAAAAAUGUCUUGUAAACGUUUUUCCAAAUACCUUCCUCACUUUGCUUAAUGUAUAUCGUCUGGUCACUUUUUAAUAAAGUUAUUAAUGAAGACUUAUGAAAGUAGUAGUUAAUAAUAAUUGUACAGCAUGAGUGAGAAGAGGACAUUAUUUAUGUGUUUGUUAAAGUAAUAAACUAAACUUAAUACUUUUCUUUUUCGCGUGUUUGUUUCUACUGUCUGAUCUUGAGGCCCUGCAUGCACGAACAGGGCGAAGGUAGUUACAUGUCGUGGUGUCGAACUGUGUCCCACGAAGAUCGACUGAACUGCAGGAGACUGUGGAUUACCAGAUACGAUCAUAUUGUGUUUGCAGUGCCUGCUGGGCGUUUUCAGUUUCCUUGUGCUUAAGGACAAGUACCACGGACAAGUGACAUUCGGAUCAGUUGGAUGGAAAAAAGAAACAUCCUUCGCUGCAGAUACGCUACUUGUCAUUAAAAGAUGUGCAAAGAAGAGGAAGAGAAAUACAUAUGUAACUUAGAAUUCUAUAAAUGACAUGUUGGUUUUUGCCUUGUAUCCUGUUUUGUUCUUUAUUUAGGAUAUUCUAAUGACUGCCUUCUCUCUCUUAACCUUUUAGGUGGUUAUACAAUGUGCAAAUAUCUGUCCCAUGCAAGUUUUUGCAAUAAAAAUAUUAUGUCCCUA